AUGGUUGCUGCAGGAAAAAGGUGUGUGUACAACCGCGUGGAGGGUUCCAGCGCCCCCUGGUGCCACUACCCGGACAGCUACGGCUACAGAGCGUCAGGAGACGUGCAGGAGACGGCCACAGGGUAUCAGGUGACCCUCACUCGCUCACCGGAGGCGCGGGCGGGUCAGAGCGCAGGGUUUGAUGACGUCAUUCUGGAGGUGGACAUGCAGACGGACAAGCGAGUCCGGGUCAAGAUGUAUCCCAAAGACGUGGAGAGAUGGGAGGUCCCCACAGAAGUGCUGGACAUAGAGAACCGGAGCCAGGCCGGAGUGACCAACAGCACUGCCCACUACAACGUCACUUUCUCCCACGAGCCCACCUUCUCUGUGAGGGUCAGUCGGAAGUCUACGGGGGCCACCAUUUUUGACACUUCCGUGCCAGGUCUAGUGAUGUCCGAGCAAUUCCUUCAGGUGACCUCCCACCUGGCCACUGACCGGAUGUAUGGCCUGGGCGAGCAUCGCCACAUGACUCUACAGCACGACAUGGACUGGAAGCUGUGGUCGAUGUUUACCCACGACGCGCCGCUCAACAGCGACUGGAACCUGUACAGCCAGCACCCAGUGUAUAUGAUCAUGGAGGAGGACGGGAGCGCCAACAUGGUUCUGUUGAAAAACUCGAACGCUAUGGGAGUCUAUCUGGACAGACAUUGA